UAAGUCAGUGUAGGAUGGUUUCUGAACUUCACAUGCAGAAAUACUCCAGUCACAGCAGGGACAGACAGACAGAAAGUGAGUGAGAAGGAAGGAAGGAAGGAAGGAAGGAAGGAAGGAAAUAAAUAAAUAAAUAAAUAAAUAAACCGUACAAACUAGAACUGCUAUUUUUAUUUUCAAAUGAUCAGUAAAAAGUUUCACUUUCUAGAGGCGGAUGGGUGACCGUUCCUGGCGACUGUGUGUGAGGAGGAGAUGAUGAAGAAUUGCAACAGUAACCGCUACAAAAGUAAAACCCAAAAUCACAUCACAGAUAAGAAAAACAAUAGAAACAGCUGUCUUUCUAUCUUUUUAAUAAGAUCAUCACCGCGCAAUUAUGGCUGCUGCAUGGCUGCUCUGUUCCUCUUCUGUUUGGGUUCCCUUUUCUAUCAGCUGAACGGCGGACCCCCUAAAAUCCUUCUGGAAAUCCGACAGUAUCUCGGAAAUUCCACUUUCUUGGAUGAUCACGGACCCCCACUCCCUAGGGUCCUGCCAUUCCCAAGCCAGGUUGUCUAUAAUCGGGUUGGAAAGUGUGGGAGUCGCACUGUCGUGCUGCUGUUGAGGAUCCUGUCUGAGAGACAGGAUUUUAAUCUGGUUGCCUCCGACAUCCAUAACAAAACCAGACUGACCAAACACGAGCAGGCGGACCUGGUGAAAAAUAUUAGCACUAUUCCACAGCCAUUCCUUUACACUCGGCAUGUGCACUUUCUCAACUUCACAAGGUUUGGAAUAGAGCCACCUGUGUACAUCAAUAUAAUCAGGGAUCCAAUAAACCGGUUUCUGUCCAACUACUUCUUCCGUCGGUUCGGUGACUGGAGAGGGGAACAGAACCACAUGAUCCGAACGCCAGGAAUGAAGAAUGAGGAGAGGUAUCUGGACAUCAAUGAGUGCAUUCUUGAAAACUACCCCGAAUGCUCCAACCCCAGGCUGUUUUACAUCAUCCCUUAUUUCUGUGGGCAGCAUCCAAAGUGCAGGGAGCCAGGAGAAUGGGCUCUGGAGAGGGCCAAGCAGAACGUGCUGGAGAAUUUCCUCCUGGUGGGAAUUCUGGAGGAGCUGGAAGAUGUGCUUCUGUUACUGGAACGAUUCUUACCUCAUUUCUUCAAAGAUGUGGUCAGCAUCUACAAAAGUCCAGAAUACAAGAAGUUGGGGAACAUGACUGUGACUGUGAGAAAGCACACUCCUUCACUGGAAGCCCUCCAGGUGCUCUACCAGCGCAUGCAAUAUGAAUAUGACUUUUACUACUUCAUCAGAGAUCAGUUCCACCUGAUGAAGAAGAAAAUCGGACUUAAGUCACAGUCCCGUCCAACGCACACUCCAGGGUUCUUGCAGGCAUCUCAGCUGAAGACCGAGCAGCCUGAGGAGUUGGAGGAGGAGGGGGAAGAGGAAGAGGAAGAGGAAGCUGGGGAGGAUAACUGGUUGGAGCAUCCUUGAUCACACCUGAUAUAUCCAAGGACCUGCGCUAACGUGCACUGGCAUUUCAGCGUACGUUCCUACGCGACUGGGAAUGUGGAUGUUGGGUUCCCGUGUUUUUACAGGGUUUGCUUUCCUUGACAGGAUGGUGCAGCAUUCAAGGAGGAUCCUAAUGGU